AUGGGGUUUCCCAUCAAAGACUGUCAAACAGCCGUUCUUAAAGCAUAUGGCAUUUCGAUAAGCAGAAGAAAAGCAUAUCUUGGUCGCAAGCGUGCUUUUGAAAAAGUCUAUGGUACUUGGGAGGGUUCUUUUGCCGAGUUGCCGAGGUUCAUGGAAGCUUUGAAACACUUCAAUCCCGGAACAAUAGUUGAAUGGAAAACAGAGCGGCGUGUCGAUGUCAUUGAAGAUGUAUUCAACUAUGUGUUCUGGACUUUUAAACCAUGCAUUGAUGGGUUUGUGUUUUGUCGUCCUGUUAUAUCGAUCGACGGAACACAUUUCUAUGGAAAAUAUGAUAUCAAGUUGUUGAUUGCGAUUGCAACGGAUGGUAACGGCUCAAUAUUACCUUUGGCAUUUGCAAUAGUUGCGAAUGAGAGCAUGGAGACAUGGAGUUUAUUUUUGGAUCAUUUGCACUUGCACGUUGUCAAGGGUCGUAGAGGUGUGGCAUUGAUUUCAGAUAGGCAUCACGAAAUACUCUCAUCCGUGUAUAAUUCUCCCAAUUGGCAGGCCCCAUUUGGGUUCCAUCGUUUUUGUUUAAGACAUUUGAAGGCCAAUUUUCAAAAAAAAUUCAAAAAUGUCACUUUAAACAACCUUUUAUGGGCAGCUGCAAAUCACUGUCAGGAGAAAAAGUUUUUGGAAAAAAUGUAG